AUGGGUAAAUGUGGGGUAUGGCAGGGUACGGUAAGGUAGGGUAUGGUAGGGUAGGCAUUAUCACUAUUAAAAGAACUACAUAUAUUAUUCAGGAGAACACAGAGUACGCGGACCCCUACUACGGUAUCUGUCAUCCGGGCAUGGACUUCGUUCCAAGUGGCGUUCUCGUCUACGUCCCCGCCUUAAUUCUGUCGAUACUCCUGCUCGCUAAAUAUUAUUAUUUGGCUGGACCGUCGACGUUCGUAAACCUAAGUGGCAAAACCGGACCUGCAAAGCCCGUCAGGUUAGGUAGAAGACAGAUAGCAGUAUUGAAUAUCUGUAUUGUCCUAUUCUUCCUGGCAUUACUCACAUACCACGCUCGAACUAGUACCACUCCGGAUCAAGUUAGUGCUGUCAGAGGAGCGAUGCAACUUAACGAAAUAAGCACACAAUCAUUGGAAAUGAUGACGGCUGAGUAA